UUUCAGGAACUAGCCCACAAACUCUCCAGGAGUUUCGAUAUGAAAGACGAGCAAAAUCUUUUAGAGACUGAGGGCGGCAUGAGGCGGCACCAGUCGAUGCAGAGGCUAGCGCGGGACGGGAUGCUUCCUGAGCACAGAGAUCCUGCGAAGGUUGUCCAAGACGAAGAAGGCAAUUUGAGGAUUACUGUCAAGAAGACCAAACCGAUUCUUGGGAUAGCCAUCGAAGGAGGAGCGAACACCAAGCAUCCUCUUCCAAGGAUUAUUAACAUCAACGAAAGUGGUGCCGCUUUCUACGCAGGCGGCCUCGAGGUCGGCCAACUAAUCCUCCAAGUGGACGGUACCAGGGUCGACGGCCUUCAGCACCAAGACGUCGCCCGCCUCAUAGCCGAAUGCUUCGCCCGAAGAGAUCGCGAAGAAAUCGAAUUUCUGGUCGUGGAGGCAAAAAAGAGCAACAUGGAGCCGAAGCCGACGGCGUUAAUCUUCCUAGAAGCUUAACAUUUGCUGAGCCUCCCCCCUAGUGACCCUCCGGGGCCGAGUCACCAAUUAAAGGACUGAACGGAUCUACGAUCUACGAUUUACUACAUAUCACGUGUAUUAUAAAUGACCAGUCUGAGACUCACCACACGUUCACGCUCUCACUGAUCUAAUAUAAGGCAGCACGCGGUUGGUAACGGCUCAGAUUGGUUACGUAGUUGUCGUAGCACGGAGAAGGAUUUGCGUAUAUCUUUGCGUCAUUUU